AUGGCUGAAGAGCAACCUACAAUAGUAACCCUUGAAGACUACUCAAGUUCUAUGGUGCCGCAGUUUUUCACUAGCAUUGUGCAACCAGAGGUUCAAGCACAGAACAUUACCUAUCCACAUUCUUUGAUUCAGCUUAUACAGGGCAAUUUGUUUCAUGGAUUGCUAAAUGAAGAUCCUUACGUGCACCAAGAAACAUACAUUGAAAUAUGCAACACUGUGCGAAUUGCUGGUGUGCCAGAGGAUGCUAUUAGGCUUAGCUUAUUUUCAUUUUCACUAUCUAGAGAAGCCAAGAGGUGGCUACAUUCAUUCAAAGGUAAUAGCUUAAGGACUUGGGAUGAAGUUGUGGAAAAGUUUCUGAAGAAAUAUUUCUCGGAGUCCAAGACUGCAGAGGGAAAGGAUUCCAUCUCUUCCUUCCACCAAUUUCCAGAUGAAUCCUUGAGUGAGGCUCUGGAAAGAUUUCGUAGUCUUCUUCGGAAGACUCCCACGCAUGGAUUCUCUGAGCCUAUACAGCUGAACAUUUUCAUUGACAGGUUAAGGCCGCAGUCGAAGCAACUACUUGAUGCUUCUAUAGGAGGUAAAAUUAAGUUGAAGACUCCUGAAAAAACCAUGGAAUUAAUAGAAAACAUGGCUGCUAGUGAUCACGCUCUUUCGUUACAGGUUGUACUAUUUGUGGUGGUGCUCAUGAGUCUAGCUUAUGUAUUUCCACUGAUGAAAAUGCUCAUGAACAAGGGCAAUGGAGAGCCCACCCUGGCAAUCAAUUCAACAAAGAGCAAGGUGGACCAUCUAAUAGGCCUCAACAACAAAGGCCUAGACUAUAUUAGAGAACCACAAAAGUUGGAGGAGAGCCUUGCUCGGUUUAUGCAGGUUUCAAUGUCCAACCAUAAGAGCACGGAGUCAGCCAUCAAAAAUCUGGAGAUCCAGGUGGGGCAGUUAGCUAAGCAAAUAGCUGACAGCUCUUCCAGCAAAUUUGGAGCAAAUACAGAAAAUAAUCCAAAGGAAGAGUGUAAAGUUGUGAUGACCCAUGGCAGGAUGGCAACCAUGGCUGAAGAAGAAAAGGAUGAAAAGAUGGUGGAUGAAGAAAAACAGGAGCUGGUAAUUGAACCAACACAUGAACCGGUGGACCCUUUUUGUGAACUUGAGGAGGUGGAAGAUGAAGAGAAUGACCAAGAAAAAGAGACACCAAUAAUGGAGGGAAACUAUAGUGCUAUGAUUCAGUGGAUCCUUCCACCAAAGCACAAAGAUCCUGGAAGUGUCACUAUACCAUGCUCUAUUGGUGCCGUGUCUGUUGGCAAAGCUCUUAUUGACUUAGGAGCUAAUUUCGUUGUAAUGGACAUCGAAGAGGACUUUGAAAUCCCUUUGAUCUUGGGACGUCCCUUCAUGUCAACCGCCAGUUGUGUAGUAGAUAUGGGGAAAGGUAAACUAGAAUUGAGUGUGGAGGAUCAAAAAAUUUCAUUUGACUUAUUUGAAGCAAUGAAGCACUCAAAUUAUGAGAAGGCCUGUUUUUAUGUGGAAAAGGUGGAACGGGAGAUAGAAUUAGCAGCUAUAGCCAUGGUACUACAGUCUCCUUUGGAAAAAGCAUUGAAUAACCAUGUAGAAUGUCUGACCAAGGAAGAGGAAGAAGAGGUGCAGGCUUGUAUUGAAGAAUUAGAUGGUGCAGGGGAAAAGUCUACUCGACAUGCAGUGUUCGAAGAAUUGAAUAGCAGUAGGCCAACAGAAAAACCCAAAGUAGAAUUGAAGACUCUGCCUGCACACUUGAAAUAUGUAUUCUAG